AUGCCGCACCGCGGCAAUGACGACGAUCUCGCCGCGCCGCUGCUUCCCAACGCGCCGUCCUCUCCGCCCGCCGCGUCUCACGCGAUCGCCGCGCUGCCCGCUGCGGCGGGGCGCAGCGCCGCGUCGCCGUCGGCGGAGCACAUCACCGUUGCCGUCGUGCCGCCGCGCGCCGUCUACUCCACGCCCUUCGUGCAGGCCGGCGUCGCGGGUGUCGCCGGCGGCGUCGUCGGCGUCGCAGGCGUCGCAGGCGCGCCCGCUCUCCCUUCGGCGCUGAUCGCCGCAGCCAGGGGGGAUCAUAGCGGCUCUGGCUUGGGGCUGGCGGCGCUGGCGGAAUCGGCUGCAGGGGGAGGGGGAGGGGGAGGCGGAGAGGGACAAAUUGCGCAAGUCGUAGGGGUCUCAAGUGUGGAUGCCGGCGAGAAUGGCGGAUCCGGAGCGGGCGUGGGGAGUGCAGCGGCGGGAGGCAGGGAGGGGGAGAUUGCCGAGGGCGAAUCAGGAACGCCGAAAGGCCCUGUGCGAAAAAAACUCUGGCGAAUCGCGGACGACGACAGCGACAGCGACGGCGAGCAUGGCAACGUGGGCGACGCGACCCCAGCGAGUGCGGGGAAAGAAGCGGAUGGGGCGAUUUCCGAGGGCGGGCAUUAUGCGGGUAGCAGCCGCGGCAGCAGCAGCCAGGGGUGCGCGAGCACGGAAGGGCGCGCCGUGCGGGGCGCGGGUGGUGGGGGGUUGGGCGGCGAGCAGAGGGAAGCGGGUGGGGAGGGCAGUAGGCGGGCAACGGGCGAGGUGGGGGGAAUGGGAGGGGUGGGGGGAAUGGGAGGGGUGGGGGAGUUAGGGGGGGUGGGGGAGAGCAGCAGUGCGCGGGAGCGACGGUGGCAGGCGUUGCUGCGGUCGACAUCGUCGUACCACUAUGGCCGGCAGCACAGCACCGCACUCAGCACUGACUCAUCGCACUCCACCGCUCUGGCUUUGGACGACACGAGGUUCCACAGCAUGAGGGGGGAAAGCGAGUGGACCGAGGGGGGCGCAGAAGGGGCGAGAGGGAGCGCGGGUGGGGAGGAGGCGAGAGGCGCAGUGGGCAGCAUCGUGGGCUGGUUGCAUGCUGUUUGGCAUGGCAUUGUCACCAUAUUCCACCUCUUCCUCGCGUCGCUCCUCCGCCUGCCUGCCUGCACCGCCGCCUUACUCACCCGCCAGCUGGACGACGCGAGGGCGAACCCCAAGCUGGUGCUGCUGGCGCUCAAGGGCGGCGGGGCGGCGGCGCUCACGGCGGCGCUGUGCGUGGUGGACGUGGACGGCCGCUUGCCAUCGCUCGCCUCCAUCGGCGUGUGGGCUGUUGUCACCGUCGACCUCGUCUUUGAAGCCAACAUCGGCCUCUCCCUCGGCAAGGGUGUGAACCGAGUGCUGGGCACGCUACUGGCAGGGGCAGCAGCGCUGGCGGUGACGCACGUGGUGUCGCUCAUGGGGGGGCUGCACGUGGCCGUGCUGCUGCUGCUCGUCUUCCUCAGCGCCGCCCUCCCCAUCUACUACCGCAACCGGCCCCCCUUCAAAGACAGGUGGACGUACGCGAUGACGAUAAUGAUGCUCACCUUCCACAUCCUGCUGCUCUCCACGUACCGCAACCCCGAGAAGCUGCUCCUGCCGCUCGCGCGCUUCUCCAUGAUUCUGCUGGGCUUCCUCAUCGCGGCGCUCAUCAACCUCGCUCUCUUCCCCGCCUACGCCGGGGACACGCUGCACGCACUGCUCUCCAAAAACUUCGAAUCCGCCGCCACUCUGCUCUCCUGGUGUGUGGAGGAGUACGAGCGCGGCACGGUGUGGCGGCACGUGCCCACGCUGUGGAGCAUGCGCACAGGGGUGGCGGGCGGGACGGGCGCGCAAGGAGGCGUGGGGGACGGCAGUGGGGGGGACAAGCUGCGCGAGAUGUACCAUGCCAUAGUCAUGAGCGAUGCUGAGCUGGCAGCACUCCUCUUCGAGCCGCCGCAUGGGCGCUUCUUCGCGGGCUAUCCAUGGCAGCUCUACGAUGACGUCAGCGAUACCCUGCGCUGCCUGGUGUAUGACGUCAUCGCGCUGGACUCCAGUCUGCGGGCGGAGAUCCAGGCGCCGCUGGUGCUGCGACGGCUGGUGGGGCGCGAGAUGACUGCCAUCGCCCACGAGUGCAGCAGCACGCUGGCCUACCUGGCACAGUCCGUGCGCUCCUUCUCGUGGGCGGGGCCGCCCGACUCGCUGUUCCGUGCGGAGGAAGCUGCCAUGAAGCUGCAGCACCGGCUGUCGAAGCACAUCAGCCUCAUCCUCAUGCUGCCGCCGCCCUCCCUCGCCCACCGCCCCUUUGCGCUCUCCCGCCUCUCCGAGGCCGGAGGGGGGAGCGUUGGGGGGGGUGGGGGCGCUGGGGGGGACGAGGUCGCGUUUGACAGACUGGUGGUGCAUGGGGGGGACGAGGGGGGCGAGGGGGGCGAGGAUGGGGGAUGGGCGGAGGAUGGGGAGGCGGUGGUGAAGAGCUGCAUUGAUAUGGGUGGGGAGGAGGUGGGCAAUGGCGAGGGAGAGGAGGGGAAACGGCAGAAAGGGGUGGUGGAAUCCGCUUCGCCCAGAGCACAGAGGCUGUCCCGCCCAGGCAGUCCCCUCUGCCUCUCCCCCCGCCACCCGCACGGCCUCUCGCCCUCCCCCACCACCGCCGCACCUGACCCGCAUGCACCACCACUCACCACAGCGGCGGCAGCAGCGGUGGGAAUGAUGGGCGCACUGACGCCGUCAGAAAUGUCUCUCGCAGAGGGGCUGGCCGGCUAUGCUGCCACAUGGGGACCGGCUGGUGCCGGAGGCUCGGGCGACGCAGGAGGAUCGGCGGGCGGCACGGGCGGUGUGGGCGGCACGGGGAGUGUGGGCGGCAUGGGGAGUGUGGGCGGCACGGGGAGUGUGGGCGGCACUGGGAGUGUGGGCGGCACGGGGAGUGUGGGCGGCAUGGGGCGGAAGAAGCCGUCGGUGGCGGAGUGGCGGCAGGAGCUGCUGCAGCGGCAGGCGUCGAUGGGCGGCGCGUGGGACCGCACGGUGGAGCGCAUCGCAGCGCUGUCGCUUGUCAAGGUGGCGGCGCUGCUGCUGGAGGUCGUGGCCAAGCUGCACUUCGUGGUGCAGCGAUCCGAGGAGCUUGCACUCGCUGCUCGCUUCGAUGUCAUGGGUCCUUAG